GUCUGCGUCAACGCUGGGUAAACAGAUGACUGGCUGACAGCGCCGGGAGGGGCUAUUUAAGAGGCGGCGUCCUGCCGGCCCACCUGAACUUGGCUCGGCUCCCCCGCCACUCCCGUAGAAACGCGAAGCCAGCUGCGUCCUACUCUGAAGCCAUGAACGGCGGCGUGUGCCUGUGCGUGCUGCUGGCGGUACUGGUGGCGGGCGCCCUGGCGCAGCCCGUACCUGCGGCGGACCGGGUGGGUCCAGGGGCGCAGCGCGAGGAGGAGGCGCCCCGGAGGCAGCUGAGGGCAGUGCAGAAGGCGGACGGCGAGCCCCGAGCGCACCUGGGCGCGCUGCUGGCCAGGUACAUCCAGCAGGCCCGGAAAGCUCCUUCUGGCCGAAUGUCCGUCAUUAAGAACCUGCAGAACCUGGACCCCAGUCACAGGAUAAGCGACCGGGACUACAUGGGCUGGAUGGAUUUUGGCCGGCGCAGUGCUGAGGAGUACGAGUACCCCUCCUAAGGGACCCCACCUUUGUCAGCACGCCAGGAAGCCAGCUCCUGGCUCAGAGGAGGCAGAAUAAGAAAACAAUCAUGCUCAUAACUCAUUGUCUCUGAAGUUUGACAUUUUAAGUAUCUAUUUAUUACGUUUUCAAUGUGAAACAUAUGUCUGUAAGAUUGUCUGGUGCAACCUCACACCUCAUCAGAAUUGUACGAAUGGAAGACAAAACAUUUCCUCGUCUGUGACACAUGGUCCUAAAGCGUUGCUAUGCUAUUAAAAUGAUUUCAUUCUGC